AUGCAGCCAGGUGUGCAGCGAGACAGUAGUAAUGACGAUCGUAAUGACAGUGACUUGGAUGUUAAUGAUGUACUAGCACCAAUGCAGCCAGGUGUGCAACGAGACAGUAGUAAUGACGAUCGUAAUGACAGUGACUUGGAUGUUAAUGAUGUACUAGCACCAAUGCAGCCAGGUGUGCAGCGAGACAGUAGUAAUGACGAUCGUAAUGACAGUGACUUGGAUGUUAAUGAUGUACUAGCACCAAUGCAGCCAGGUGUGCAGCGAGACAGUAGUAAUGACGAUCGUAAUGACAGUGACUUGGAUGUUAAUGAUGUACGAGCACCAAUGCAGCCAGGUGUGCAACGAGACAGUAGUAAUGACAUAGUAGUGACGUGGAUGUUAGUGAUGUACAAGCACCAAUGCAGCCAGCCAGGUGUGCAGCGAGACAGUAGUAAUGACGAUCGUAAUGACAGUGACUUGGAUGUUAAUGAUGUACUAGCACCAAUGCAGCCAGGUGUGCAACGAGACAGUAGUAAUGACGAUCGUAAUGACAGUGACUUGGAUGUUAAUGAUGUACUAGCACCAAUGCAGCCAGCACCAAUGCAGCCAGGUGUGCAGCGAGACAGUAGUAAUGACGAUCGUAAUGACAGUGACUUGGAUGUUAAUGAUGUACUAGCACCAAUGCAGCCAGGUGUGCAGCGAGACAGUAGUAAUGACGAUCGUAAUGACAGUGACUUGGAUGUUAAUGAUCCAGGUGUGCAGCGAGACAGUAGUAAUGACGAUCGUAAUGGCAGUGACUUGGAUGUUAAUGAUGUACGAGCACCAAUGCAGCCAGGUGUGCAGCGAGACAGUAGUAAUGACGAUCGUAAUAGUAGUGAUGUGGGCGACGAGUGGGGUUAG